AUGCGCGACUACCAGUUCUGGAAGGAGAAGCUAUGGGCCCGGCUUAUGGAGCAAUGGGCCAAGGGCUUCACCAUGACAGGCCAGAGCUGCCGAACGGAGUUCCCCCGGACCCAUGUGGAGGCGCUGGCAGAUGUGGACGCUGGGACAGUGGACAGGACGUGGGACGUGGAAGUUAUGUAUGGAGCUGCUGGAGACCAAGGUCGAGUCGUUCGCUGGGUGGCGCGUUUGACUGACUUCUUGAGGACGACGGCUACGGGCGAGAGCGAAAUGAGCUACAAGCGAUCGCCGAGGCGAAUGUCAGAUCUCAGGGAGUACCUCAAGGAGAUCGGGCUUUGCACUCUCAGGGAGUACCUCAAGGAGAUCGGGCUUUGCACUCGCAAGGAGUACCUCAAGGAGAUCGGGCUUUGCACUCUCAGGGAGUACCUCAAGGAGAUCGGGCUUUGCACUCUCAGGGAGCACCUCAAGGAGAUCGGGCGUUGCACUCGCAAGGAGUACCUCAUGGAGAUCGGGCUUUGCACUCGCAAGGAGUACCUCAUGGAGAUCGGGCUUUGCACUCGCAAGGAGUACCUCAUGGAGAUCGGGCGUUGCACUCGCAAGGAGUACCUCAUGGAGAUCGGGCUUUGCACUCGCAAGGAGUACCUCAAGGAGAUCGGGCGUUGCACUCGCAAGGAGUACCUCAUGGAGAUCGGGCGUUGCACUCGCAAGGAGUACCUCAUGGAGAUCGGGCUUUGCACUCGCAAGGAGUACCUCAAGGAGAUCGGGCGUUGCACUCGCAAGGAGUACCUCAUGGAGAUCGGGCUUUGCACUCGCAAGGAGUACCUCAAGGAGAUCGGGCGUUGCACUCUCAAGAUGUACCUCAUGGAGAUCGGGCGUCGCACUCUCAAGGAGUACCUCAUGGAGAUCGGGCGUUGCACUCUCAGUACGUACCUCAAGGUGAUCAAGCUUCGCAUGCGGUGGAUCCACAAGAGCCGAUGUCACAGGGUCGUUCGGGUCAGGAGGGGCAUGCGGCAACUGCAAGAAGUACAGCUUCGCCAGAUGGACAAGAAGGACGGUCCCGAGCUCGUGAAACCAGGGAUAUCUUCCCUCCCUCAUCUGGAUCCUCCUGGAAAGGACACUAGCCCAGUGGAUAUCCAGGACUGGCUGGAGGAGGUCGGCUCGAUCAUGGGCGACUUAUCAGACACCAGUCAUGAAUGGUGGACUGGAGUAAGAGCGGUGGCGGACGAGCACUACAAGAAGUGGGUCACUGCGACGCCGAUGGAGAAGCUCACCCUGGCUUUGCCGCGGGACUCAAGGUUGGAGCAAGGAAAGUAUGGCCGGGUCAAUGCAAGGGCUGAGGCAGAGGUGAAAAGCGAGAUGGUGACGAAGAAGGUUACUGGGUCAUCGCCUUCACUCGUGUUCAAGCUGCUCACGACCUACAGACCGGGAGGUGAGCAAGAGAAAACGCUCCUUCUGGAGCAGCUGACAACCCCGGAGGGAGUGGCCACUCCGGAGCUGGCCGUGCAGGCGUUGAGGAAGUGGGGAAGGUGGUUCUCGAGGGCCAAGGACUUGACGGUCGCGGUGCCUGAUCCUGUGCUCAUGGUGAAAGGCCUGGCGCUGAUUGUGGCCCCGGUCCUCGUCAAGAACCAAGACGUAUGGCUGAGAACAACGAUGAUGAGAAAUCGGUUGCAGCUAGACAGUAAUCCAACUGAAGAAACGACGUUGGACUUCCAUAAGCACUUGCAGGCUGAAAUGGAACUUCUAAGCACAGCGACCUCUACAGCUUCGCGGUCCGCACCAAGGAUCAAGAGCGCAGCCGCUACGCCGGACGCUACGACAGCUACUACGGCAACACCAGGGGCGAAGGCGAGGCCAGACAAGAAGGAAAGGCUCUGCAAAUGGUUUGCAAAGUCAGAUGAUGGAUGUCGUCGAGGAGCGGAGUGCCAGUUCCAACAUGAUUGGGGGACGACGGCCAAAACGGGACGUUGUUUGCUAUGCUCGGCCCUGGGACACCAGAAGAAGGACUGCCCGACGAAGAAGCAGGGAGAGCCAGCUCAGCAGUCUCCUACCUCUGGCCCCAAAGGCAAAGGGAAGGGAGAUAAAGGCGGAGGGGCAGCGACUUCAUCGUCUACGGCAGCGGCUUCCCCGGCUACGAGAUCGUUGGCAACUGGAGGUGGUCAAAAGGAACCACCGCAACCUGGUCCCGAGCCGUCACCGGCUGGCAGCCCAGCGAGCUCAAGCAAGGAGCCCCCGGGGGACCUCCAGCAGAUCCUCACCGACGCCCACCAAAUGCUGAAGACCAUGAUGGCAACGACAACCCCAGCAACCACUACCACAUCAGGGGCACCAACAUAUGAGUCCAUCCAGCGCCAGCUCGACGAGAUGAAGCUAAAGGCCCUCAAGGUGAGCACGCCGCAAACCACUGAAGAUGAAAGUCGCGGUGCUCUUCUUGACUCAGGAGCAACGCACGUCCUGAGGCCCGCUCGAGAUGAACGAGAGCACCUCACGAGCAAGGAGGUACCCGUGGUGCUGGCUGGAGAUGAGAAGCGCCUACUGCGUCAGACCCCAGCAGGAAGUAUCAUCCUGGAUCCAGCCCAGGGGAAGGAAGCGCAGACCAUAUUGCCCCUAGGGGGGCUCGUUGAGUCUCUCGGGUGCACCUUGAAGUGGACGCGAGGGGGCUUGAUGCUGAAGCACCCCAAGUACGGCACCAUCCGCACGAGAAUCCGAGCAGGUUGCCCAGAGAUAGCGGACCCAGUGAAAGCGGCAAUGUCGAUCUCAGAGCUAGAGUCGCGAAGGAUGGACGAGCUCCGCCAAAGGACACUGGAGCUGCAGGACCGCCUCAACGCGAUUCGGAUGAUGGAGGCGAAGACUGAGGACUGGAGACAAGACCUCGCGGCCUACGCCUCCGAAGGGUGCGUUGUGGACGGAUUGCAGGCCCUCUACAAAUCGCCCAUUUUCAAGGGACUCCCUGAAGAGGUGCUGAUGGGAAUGGUUCCGAAUGUGGAGGCGAAUGAUAAAUCUGGCUGGGAGUACCUGAAGGGCCUCCCUGUGUCAAGGAGAAUCCGGAAGAAGUUGAUGCGGUCCAAAGCCUGGGUUCUAAACCUUUACGGUGGCAAGAACUUGAAGCAGGACCCAGUGCAGUCGCUGAAUGGCCAGGUGAACGUUGACACCAACUCGGAGGUCGUGAUCAUCAACGUGGAGAUUCUGUUGCAUGGUGGCUGGAGCAUGCGGGGCCCGGCUUACAAGGCACUGAUGUGGGGUGCAAUGACUUCAAGGGUCAAGGCGGUGAUCGGGAGCCCGCCGGCGAAGACAUAUGAUCCCAGGCCGUAUGUGAAAGAAAAGAAUGCGAAGCCUUGGAGAACCAAAGAGGAGCCCUAUGGGAUCACCGGGUUGUCUCCAACGGAGAUGUACUAUGUGAACAAGGAGACCUCGCUCACCGCAAGGCAGAUCCUUUUGUACCUGGUAGCUCACACGUGCUCCAAGGGAAGGCCGGUGGGUUGGAUGAUGAGCAACCCGGGUGGUGAAACCUUUGGGAGCGACUACUACGACAAUAGGGGCAACCGGGGAGGAGGAUCGAAAAGGACCUUCGUCUAUGUCGUGGAGUGCAGCCGCAGCGAAGGUGAGAAGAUCGUUGGUGACGGCAUUGCAAUUGGCUGGAGUGGCUUCAACCGCUGUGUGGCAGCCGCAAGAAGAGUUACGAAAGCUAACAGCGGAGCAAGGCGCACCAAGCAGAAAAGCGCCUACGUCCUCAGCGUGGACGUUGGGGGCGACAUGGCCUCCUUGGAGUACGACUUCUCAGAUUUGGGUGCUGAGGAGGGGUCUGAUGAGCCUUUGGAUGAGGAGGCGCAGCGGGCACUACUUGAAUCUGAGCUGGCAGACAUAGAGCUGUCGGAACCCGAGGUGAGCGAGGACCUGGACCCGAAAAUCCAAGCAAUGAAGGCGGCGGAUAAACUAUGGGACGACGACGAAUUGGUGGCUGAGGACCAAGCGAAGACGGCGGCAGAUGAUGAGCCGCUGGAAGGGAACCACGAGAUCCCCAUCGACCACCUCUAUUUCAUCAAGCCCCUCAAGACGAAGACCGGAAAGGAGGUUAUGAGGGCGAUCCAAGAGGUGGUGCUACAGCUACGACAAGAAAAUCUCCCAGUCCUCAGAAUCCAUUCAGAUCGAGCUCAUGAGUUAAGGUCGCCGGCUUUGAGGGCGUGGACGCUGGAUAACAAUAUCUGGCUCACAAGAACGGAGGGGCAAGCCCCCCAAAGCAAUGGAACAGCCGAAAGAGCAGUGCGGUUUCUCAAAGGGCGAGCUCGAACGCUGUUGCGCUCGGCUGGAAUGGGGACCGAGCACUGGGCCACCGCAAUGGAGGCAGCAGCCCAUCGACAACGUGAAGAACGACUCCGACCAGAAGAUCCUCGGGUUCCCUGUCCCUAUGGAACCAGAGUGGCAAUCAAGAAGAAAAGGUACGGGGAUGGUGGUCGACACGAUCUGCUACCUCAUUGGACAAAGGGGGUCUACAUGGGGCCGGUGUGGGAUGUGAAUGGCGGAUCAGCCAUUUUGGAAGACGAGACUAAACGCUUCACGGUCACAACCCACCUACGAGCUCGACUACAUGAUCCCGGAGCUUUGAAAGACGAGGACGAGAUCGAUGUGCUACCUUUGAGACCGGCGCGAAGGUUACUCAAAAAGGGGCCCAUUGGUGAAGAUGGGCUCGCUAUCAAAAAGGUUGAGAAAGAGAACUAUGCGAAGGAGCGAGCCGCUCUUGUGAAGGAGAUCUUGGACUUGAUGGAAAAGGAUCCAGUGCACAAGGUGAAAAGGCCGCAGCUGACUGUUGAGGACGGCGACCGCGAGGACACCAGCUACUCAACAGUUGGGGCUUUUAACUUUGGGGGAAAGUUUGGCAUAACGAAGUACACAAAGGAAGCCCGCCCCGCAGCUCACGGAGAAGGUGACCCAGUUGCUGAAGAUGGACUUCCCAAUGGAGGCGUUCACGUCGGCAACAAUUGUGAGGAAUGCGGUUAUGCCAACGCACAGGGCGUGUGGGAGGAGCUUCAGCCGGGCGAUGUGUUUCGUGGAAAAUAUCAUGCUAUGGACGUCAACGGAGCUGAGGUUCCAGGCCAGAUCCACAUGCUCACGGAGCCCGUGAAGGUGAAUCCUCGGAGAUGGCAUAGUCCCAUUCAGGGAACAGAGGGACUUCGCAUUUUGGUCGCGGGACACACUAUCAACUCGUGGAGGAAGCUCACCGCAGAGAUGAGGGAGGAGCUGAUUGAGUGUGGUUUCGCUGUGCCUGAUGAAGAAGACUUCGAUGCGAAGCUAAGGGCCAUCCAAGAGGAGGCGGAGCAAACCCGCCACAUGGAGUUUGAAGUGCACGAAGGCGAUUGUCUGGGAGACCUCAGUGAAAGAGACUCCCCAGUGGAAGUGGACGAGGACAUCACGAGAUGCUCGAAGGCGGCGGUGGGAAACAUCUACACCAAGGGUAUCGAGAAGAUCCUUGCGGAGCUGGAGGGUGAUCUGAGGGUGGUCCACACGGUCCACCCGAAGGAGGUCGAGGAGGCCAUUGCCGAGUGGAUCCCCGCCUUGAAUGCCGAGGUCAGCACUUUGGAGAAUAUCGGCGCGGUCAAAAGAUUGCGAGGCAAAGCAGCGCGGGACUAUAUGGCUCAGCCAGGAGCUGUGAUAGUUCCGGGCAAAGCCGUAUUCACAGUGAAACCUCCGACAAAGGAAGGUACGAGGUUCCGAAGAAAAGCCAGGAUCGUGUCGUGCGGAAACUUCCAGCCGAAGGCCGACAACGAGAUCAACUACUCUGGAGGUGCGGUGGCAGAAGCAGUGCGGCUAGGCAUCGCGGAGGCGGCGCGGAACCGCUGGAGCGCAUGCACUGGGGAUGUGGUCAGCGCAUUUCUCAGAGCUCCAGUGCCAGAUGGAACGAGGUUGGCGCUGCGACCACCGAUAGCGUUGGUCAAGGCCGGCUUGGCAGAAGCCGAUGAGACCCAGAAGAUGAAGCAGGCAAAGACCGAGAGCGGCCUCACCUUCAUCCAAGGACAAGCCGACGCUGACGUGUGGCAGAUCAAAGGCCCAGAUGGAGAGACCACGAUAGGGCUGAUGAUCGUCUACGUUGAUGAUUUCCUUAUCCUGGGACCACGAUGGGUGACGAACGAGGCCUACGAGUGGAUGGCUGCAACCUGGGAGGUCACGCCGUGUCAGUAUGCCGAGUCCUCCACCUCCGUGCGGUUUUUAGGAAUGGAAAUCAGACAGGAGACAAACGAAGAAGGGGAGAUCACAAGCUACACCUUGGACCAGGAGGGGUACAUCGAAGAGCUUCUACGACAACACGCGGUGAGCCCCACUGAGAAGUCCCUGUUGCCGUCGGCCAAGGAGUGGAUGGCAAUGGAUCCCGAGGCAUACCCCACCAUGUACACCCAAGAACACCUACGUGCCGCCCAGUCGAUAACUGGAGAGCUGGCAUGGCUGGCCCAGCGAUGCAGGCCAGAUCUGUCCUACACGGUGAGCGUGAUGGGUAGCCUGACGACGAAAGACCCAGAGAGAGUUGCGACCAUAGGCCGCAAGACCCUUGCCUACCUGAACGACGAAGCAAUGGAAGCUGAGUUUCUUCGCUGGGGGCAGUCCGGACUUGGGUCACCGGUCGCAUGGAAAAGCAGCCGGCAGUCGCUGGUAACAACCAGCAGCGCGGAGACUGAGUUGCUUGAGGCGUCGGAAGGGGCGACGCUGACCUACUCGAUCGAUGCUAUGUUGUCGGACGUUGGAAUUGUCCCUCUAUCAAGAGAAGUUAGAGUCGACAACUCGGCAGCGAUCACGCUGGCUUCUGAAGAAGGAGGGAGCUGGCGAACACGCCACCUGAAGGUGAGGGCGGCGGCACUACGGCAAAGGAUCCAAGAGGGAUGGGCGCGCAUUGCCUAUUGCCCGGGAGAGUGGCAGUUGGCAGAUGGUCUUACCAAGAUCCUGCCGUCAAAAAGAAUGGAGAUGCUCAUGCGAAGGUGGGGACUUGGGCGCAAAGAAGAUCUACCUCGGGGAGAAGACGCCAAAGAAUGUGUUCGGAUUUCCGAAACUGACCCGCUUCCGGAGCCCCUUGCGAUAAGUAGCUCCUGGGAAUUGUACGUGCUGGUUACAAUGCUGGUGAUAUGUGCUGUUGCAAUAUGGGAAGGCUGCAAGGGCGUGAUCAAAGGAAGAAGUGAGGCGGUAAGGCUGAAAAGCCUCGAGACCUCGCGAGAUCGUCAGCGACUUUCAAAGGUCGAGCUGAGGACGUUGAGUGCCUUGCUGCAGAGGGAUCCGGAGACGCUGUCGCGAGAAGAGCGGGUGGAUUUGAUCCACCUGGCGGGCCUGUGUGGUUCGGAUGCCAGAGGAGGAGGAACCAUGUGCAGCUCCUCCACCUCCUCAACCGGUUCAAGAAAGACCUACGAGAAAGGGACAAGGGAAGCAGCAACGCAGUGCGAGCUCUUGGGCGAUGUCCCCAAGAAAGUGUACAUGUUUCAGGAACGCGACGUGUGCCAGAAAUGUGUGCGAGGCCAACGAGAAGAGACCGAGUAUCGUGGCACAGAGUGGUUACGAUGA